CGGGGGCGGGGCACGGAGGGAACCAGAUCGAGGCUGGGGGAGGCCCAGACCGCGGAAGCCGAGAGGCGGAACAUCCUGGCCCUGAUGCCUGACCACGGGGAUGUGAGCCUCCCCCCUGACGAGAGGGUCAGAGCCCUCAUCCAGGUAGGCAGUGCAGUGGAGGUCAGCGAAGAUGUUCCCCCCCGCCGGUACUUUCGUUCUGGAGUGGAGAUCAUGCGCAUGGCGUCCAUUUACUCCGAGGAAGGCAACAUUGAGCAUGCCUUCAUCCUCUACAACAAAUACAUCACGCUUUUUCUUGAGAAGCUGCCAAAGCACAGAGACUACAAGACAGCGGUCAGCCCUGAAAAGAAAGAAACUGUGAAGAAACUAAAAGAGAUCGCAUUUCCCAAGGCAGAAGAGUUGAAGAAGGAACUGUUGAAGAGAUAUACCAAAGAAUAUGUGGAAUACAAUGGGAGAAAGAAGAAAGAAACAGAAGAGUUCGCUCGAAAGUUGGCUAUCCAGCAGCAGCUGGAAGAGGAACGACAAAGGGUAGCCCAGCAGAAGCAGCAGCAGGCAGAACAGGAACAGUUUCAUGCCUUUGAAGAAAUGAUCCGUCGGCAGGAGCUGGAGAAGGAGCGGCUCCGGAUAGUGCAGGAGUUUGGGAAGCCGGAUACAGGUCCUGAGAUUCCAGGUGGUCCCCUGGUGCCUGGGGUAGAGAGGCCCCCGACGGACGUGUUCCCUGCAGCUCCUGGCCUCCCAAGCCCUGGGCCCGGGCCAGCCAAGCCCCCAGUGGUGGACAGGUCCUUGAAGCCUGGAGCUCUGAGCAGUCCAGAACAUAUGCCUACAAUAAAUGGACUUCGCCACAUGGUGGUGCCCCAGAUGCUCUGCCCUCAAUUUCUCCAGUUGGCUGAUGCCAACACUGUCCGUGGCGUGGAGACAUGUGGAAUCCUCUGUGGGAAGCUGAUGAAGAAUGAAUUUACCAUCACCCACGUCCUCAUCCCCAAGCAGAGUUCAGGACCUGAUUACUGCAACACAGAGAAUGAGGAAGAGUUGUUCCUCAUCCAGGAUCAGCAAGGCCUCAUCACCCUGGGCUGGAUACACACUCACCCCACACAGACGGCUUUCCUCUCCAGCGUGGACCUGCAUACACACUGCUCAUAUCAGAUGAUGCUACCAGAGUCAAUUGCCAUUGUCUGCUCCCCCAAGUUUCAGGAAACAGGAUUCUUUAAGCUGACGGACCAUGGACUGGAGGAGAUUUCUUCCUGCCGCCAAAAAGGAUUUCAUCCACACUGCAAGGAUCCUCCUCUCUUCUGUACCUGCAGUCAUGUGACCGUUGUGGACCGAGCAGUCACCAUCACUGACCUUCGAUGAAAUGUUGGCCUUAACACCUUCCAGUUACUGUAAAAGAGCUCUCCAUGUACUGUAGCCCCUUCUCUUUGUCCUCCAGAAAUGCUUGGGAGCUUCAGAGGGAAGUUUGUCUUUAGGUUUCGGGCGUUUUCUAACUGAAAGAGGAAUCUGACAUCAGCCGAGGGAGAACUGGCUGUUCAGUAUUCCUAGGUGAAAGAGAAAUAAUGGAACGUGAUUCGAGGUGGGGUUUGAUUUCGUUUUUCCCUGACAGUACUAAUCUAACUUCUCGGGCUGUCUCCAACUUAGUUCUCCUCCUUCUCUCUGUGCUCACCGGGUGAUCUGUUCCCAGUUGAACAGACUGAGGGCAUUUGUAUGGGCAGAACUGUGUUGACCCGUUUGAGGCAUCUGUGAUUUGUGAAGGGGUUAAACAUGUGGACACUUUAAAGUGUGAUACUGUGCCCCAUGUCAGGGAGGCGCUUCCUUUGAGGAGAUUGCUUCCCUGCCCAGACUGGCCCUGACCAGGGCGAGGACAGAGAAAUCUGACCAGGUGGAUCAAGGGAGCACAAACUAGCCCACACCCUGGCUUUGCGUGGCCGGCCGGAGAUGUUUUUGUUCUUAUUUAACAAAUGGUUCCAAAGAGGGUUGUUUUUCCCCUAAAAUAAAGUGAUAAAUAAGCUCAGCCAUUACCUUCUGCUCUAGAGUGAGCAGCUAGAGCAGAGCAUGUUUGCUGUUAGGAGUGAAGAUUCGGGCUUGGGCCUGGGAGAGAGGACAUUUGUCCUCUCUCACUUCCCCCCGCCAUGCCUUUUCUUCUAUUUUCUCCUGAGCCAGAAAGUCUUUUCUAAGGUAGAAGAGAGGUACCCUUUCCCCGGGACAUGGAGACUUUAUUGUCUCCAGGAACCCUUCUGUUUGUUGGUUUGUUGUGCCCAUUAAGCAAGAUUCAGCCUUUGGACUAGAAUGCCGCCUUAUACCGCCUCAUGCCCCAGCCAUCUCUGUGGUCACGUUUCCUUGGCUUUUUCUUUCUUGACCCAUAUUGUAUCCCAAGUAAGGGGUAGUUUGGAGCUGCUGGUGAUUUUUUGUCCUUUUCUAAAAAGACAAAGUUUUAUUUA